AUACACAAGGCUGCUGCGAGACCUCAGGAAAGCCGGAAUCAAGCCAUCUUUUCCUACUCAUGCCCAGGAAUGGGGCAGCUAUGUAGGUGUUGGAGGGAUGUUUUUCUUUGACUGGGCCAAGCUCUGGGUAAGACCUUUCACAUAGAUAAGCAGGGGCAGGGCUUCCGGAGGCAGGAGUCUCAGGGCUCUAUAAAGCCUGGCCCUGGGCACGACGGGGCAACUCUCCCAAAGACUGUGAACUGCUGGCUUUCUGCUAUUCCUCUGAAAAUGCAGCGGCUGUUGACUCCAGUGAGGCAGGUCUUGCGAGUGAAGAGAGCGAUGCAGGAAGCUUCCUUCAUGCCGUCUCUCCUGCUCCCAGCAGCCCACCAAAGGUUUUCUACAGUCCCUGCCGUCCCCGUGGCCAAAGCGGAUGCUUGGCCAAAGGAUGUGGGCAUCCUUGCCCUGGAGGUCUAUUUCCCAGCCCAAUAUGUGGACCAAGCAGACCUGGAGAAGUUUGACAAUGUGGAGGCAGGGAAGUACACAGUGGGCUUGGGCCAGACCCACAUGGGCUUCUGCUCCGUCCAGGAGGACAUCAACUCCCUGUGCCUGACGGUGGUGCAGAGGCUGAUGGAACGCACGCAGCUCCCAUGGGACUCUGUGGGCUGGCUGGAAGUGGGCACUGAGACCAUCAUUGACAAGUCCAAGUCUGUCAAAACCGUGCUCAUGGAGCUCUUCCAGGACUCAGGCAACACUGACAUCGAGGGCAUAGGUACCACCAAUGCCUGCUACGGGGGCACAGCCUCCCUCUUCAAUGCUGCCAACUGGGUGGAGUCCAGCGCCUGGGAUGGUCGCUAUGCGGUAGUGGUCUGUGGAGACAUCGCCGUCUACCCCAGGGGAAACACCCGCCCCACGGGCGGGGCUGGAGCCGUGGCCAUGCUGGUUGGGCCUGAGGCCCCUCUGGCCUUGGAGAGAGGGCUUAGAGGAACCCACAUGGAGAAUGCGUACGACUUCUACAAGCCAAAUGCCACUUCUGAGUACCCACUGGUGGAUGGGAAGCUCUCCAUCCAGUGCUACCUUCGGGCCCUGGACCGAUGCUACACACUAUACCGUCAAAAGAUCGAGAAGCAGUGGAAGCAAG